UGCAACUACCAGCGAUGAAAAGUAAAGCGCUACUUAAAGCGCCCCAUACACGCACAAUACUAUUGUACGAAUUUAUUGACAUUAUUAUUGAAGAUUGUCCACAAACGUACAAUAUUAUUGCGCCACAGUCAUAUUUGUGCAAUGGAAUUGAAUCUUUUGGAGAUGAUAUUGAAGUUUGUGCUAAAUAUUGCACAAGGGUGGCUACUGACGUUCAAUAUUUUAUCACUAGCACUUGUUUGAACCUGACAACUGGCAGAGAGGAAAAUACAGGGAUGCCGAACAGCACAAGAUGUCAUAGCUUCCAAAUAAUAUUAACUUUCUGAAGACUAUUGCCGCUCACCAGUAAAAUAUGUUCUUCGAAACAAAUAUUCUCUGAAUUGUGAGAUUUUGUUGGUGUAAUACAAAAAUAUUACAUAUUUUCCAACAAAUUGUAUUUUUCUGUUAUUUCUUGUCAUCAAACUUCUUCAACUGUAUGUACCGUAAGUACAUUUAGUAGAAUUUCAUUUCCGUGUAUUAUUGGCAACCCUGUCCAAUUGGUAUGAGAAGUCUGUUUGUUUAUAUACCGCCUGUUCCAAGUUUGAUAGGAAAACAGGUUUCGGAAUUGUCCCUUCUAUACACAGGUCUUAUGUUAAAUUAGAAAUAUGUUGAGUGAUACCGAUAUUAGCUGUGUUUUGAUCGCAGUGAGCAAUAGUUUAAAAAAAAAGAAGCAACGAAAACAUCGGAAAUGGGCCAAACAGUGGUUGCUGAACAGAGAGAAGUACACUUAUGAAGUGUUAUUUAAUGAGCUCAGAAUGACUGAGCCGAAUGACUUUCGAAACUUUAUCCGAAUGGAUGCUGGAAUGUUUGAUGAACUCCUGGCUUUGGUUGCUCCUCAGAUUGAGAGAAAGGAUACUAUUAUGCGAGAUGCUAUUCCUGUAAGUCAACGUUUAUCGAUAACUUUACGGUACCUCGCAACAGGAAAUACAUUCGAAGAUCUUAAGUUUUCUGCUGCCGUUUCACCGCAAUCAAUUGGCCACAUUGUUAUAGAAACCUGCGCGGCUCUGAUUAACAGCCUCAAGGAAUACAUAAAGCUACCAACAACAGAAGAAGAGUGGAAAGAAAUCGCACGAGACUUCAAUGACCGGUGGAAUUUUCCGAACUGCUUGGGAGCGGUAGAUGGUAAACAUGUUGCGAUAAAGAAACCUCAUGGCUCUGGAUCACUUUACUUCAACUACAAGAAAUUUUGCAGUAUUGUGAUGAUGGCAGUAGUGAAUGCUAAUUAUGAGUUUAUCAUGGUCGACGUGGGAAUCAAUGGAAGAAUAUCGGACGGCGGUGUCUUCAAUUACACAGAAUUUGGAAGAGCAUUCUCUAACAAAUUAAUUAAAAUCCCGGAAGCUUCACAAUUACCGAACAGUGAGAAACGGCUGCCAUUUGUUUUGUUGGGCGACGAUGCUUUUGCGAUGACGGACAAUUUCAUGAAACCCUACCCUCUAGCAGAAUUGUCAUUGGAUAAAAGAAAUUUCAACUAUCGAUUAAGCCGUGCACGUCGUGUUGUAGAAAAUGCCUUUGGUAUUUUGGUCAGUAGGUUCGGCUUAUUUCAGAAACAAAUAUCACUGUCCCCUGAAAAGGCUGAAAUUCUAGUUAUGACUUGUUGUUAUUUACAUAACUAUAUACGAAAACGACAACCACGAACCUACAUUACUAGGAGUGAUGUAGAUGAUGAAGAUUUACAAUCCGGAACUCUCACAAGAGGAUCAUGGAGAAAAACGGUUGCGAAUGAAGGAACACCUCUUCAGGCUACUGUGUCCAGAAAUGCACCAUCAAGUGCAAAGAUUGUGAGAGACACCUAUUGUCAUUACUUCAACAAUGAAGGACAAUUAUCAUGGCAAUUGAAAGCAGUUUCAUGAAGUGAAGUGGUUUUUCCCGUAACACCCACUUUUAUAACAAGAUGAUUUUUAUUGUAAUUCAUUGUAUGAUUCUUAUUCACGAUACCAUGUAACUAUAAUUAAAAAUGGAUACAAAAUAAAAAUAAAGGACUUACAUUGAUCUCUGUAGAAGCUCCUCCAUAAUUUAUAUUGUCAAUGACCUCGAUCCCUGCAUCUUCACAAUAAGUGUGUCCAGAAUCUAGAACCGGGUUCAUCGAACUGAUUGAAGCGGUUGGUGUUUCCUGGUUCUGAAGAAAUCUCAUUUGUUCGAAAUACCACAGCGUGGGUUCAACUUCCUCUGCACCUGCACCACUUUUUUCUGCGUCUCGAAUCCUCUUCAGCUCUUUCCGGAAGUUGGUCCGCAAAGAAUUAAUUUUUUUUAUAACAUCUUGUUUGUCGGCAUCGGGAGCAUUUUCUCUGUAUUUCUCUAUCAGCACGUCAUACUGUUCAAUUUUCUUUAGACGGUUUGUGUAAUCCUUGCACUUGAUGUCCCAUAAUGCCGGGAGUGAACGGUAAACCUCGAUAAACUCGAGAAUAAAUUGCCUGUCGGCGUUUUUGACGGCCAUCGCGACUCACACGUCCUCGAAAAAAAGUCCGUGAAGUUUUUUAUGAGAACACUCACUUUACACUCUAGACGAUGCAAAUGUAAACAUAAACUUUAACAUUCAUUGACACCAAUUGCACAACGUCGCCCGUAGACCAUGCAAUAUUAUGAGCGUUGCACAAUAAAUAUCUAAUUUUUUUGAUAUCAUACAAUAUAUUGUACAACACUUCAAUAUCAGAAACAAACGUUCAAUUUUAUUUCACAACCUCCUGUGUU